AUGGGUUUGCCCACCAAGCUAUCUCCUUUCAUGUGCUCUGCUCUGCUUUUCUACACAGUCUUCGCUUCCUUUCCCUUUGCCAUCACUUCUGCUGAUUUCACAAACUUGGUUUACAAGGGCUGUGCAAACCAAAAGUUCCAGGACCCAAGUUCUUCACAAACCCUCAAAUCCCUCUUUGAUUCUCUGGUCUUACAAUCUUCACAAAAGACUUUCUUUUCAACCACUUCUGGUGAAGGCCAAAAUGCCAUCUCAGGCCUGUAUCAAUGCAGGGGAGACCUCACCACCUCCCAGUGUAACAGCUGUGUGAAAAAGAUCCCAACUUUGGCCAGCAAACUCUGUGGAGAAGUCGUAGCAGCUAGAGUUCAGCUCGGUGGGUGUUACUUGCGCUAUGAGAUUGCUGGGUUCAAGCAGGUUUCUGGAACAGAGUUUUUGUUCAAGAUCUGUAAGUCAGAUCAGGCAAGUGGAAGCAGUGGGUUUGAGGAGAAGAGAGACUCGGCUUUUGCUAUGGUGGAGAAUGGGAUGAAGAAUGGAACUGGUGGGUUGUUUUAUGCUGGGACCUAUCAGUCUGUGUAUGUUUUGGGGCAGUGUGAAGGUGAUUUGGGCACUGGGGAUUGUGGGGAUUGUGUGAAAAGUGCUGAUCAGAAAGCUAAGACUGAGUGUGGUGAUUCAAUUUCUGGGCAGAUAUAUCUUCAGAAGUGCUAUAUUAACUACAGCUAUUACCCCAAUGGUGUUCCAAGCAUAACUUCAUCAUCAGGGACUGUAGGGUCUAGGCAUCAUACACAAAGGACAGUGGCUAUUGCAGUGGGAGGAUUGGCAGCUUUUGGGUUUUUAGUGGUUUGCUUGAUGUUUGUUCGGCAGCUCAUGAAGAAACAUGGUGGUAAACAUGGAGAUUACUAUUGA